GCUGUGCGGCCUGGUCCUUCGUGCUGGGAUGUUUGAGAUUCCUCAAAUCACAGAGUCACAGAGCGAAUGAGAUUGGAAAACACCUCUGCGACCAUCGAGUCCAGCCUCUGACCGAACACCACUCUGUCAACUAGAACAUGGCACUGAGUGCCACAUUCAGUCCUUGCUUGGACACCUCCAGGAAUGGUGGCUGCACCACCAGCCCUGGGCAGCCUGUUCCUACACCUGAGCGCCCUUUCUGUGGAGAAAUCACUCCUGAUGUUCAACCUAAGCCUGUCCUGGCACAGCUUCAUACUGCCGUCCCCUCUGGAAUCCUGCCCUGGCCUGGCAGGGUCAGCAGUCCCCUCCGUUUGUCCCUUGAGCUGGCUUCUGCCACCGGCUGCACGCGGGGCAGAUCCACACAGAGUCCUCAGAGUCGUUUGUUUCCUAUCCGUGCAGAGACGGGCAGUGGGUGAUGAACCCAGAAAGCCCGCGCCUGGCUCCGUGCGUUUCUUCAUGGAAAGGGCGGUCAGGCGUUGGAAAAAGCUCCCAGGGAGGUGGCGGAACCGUUGUCCCUGGAGGUGUUCUGGGAACAACUGGACAUGCCAGUUAGCUUUGGUCUAGUUGUCACCAUGGUGUUCGGUCGGUGGUGGAACUCGAUGGUCUUGGAGCGGCCAGCAGGAUUAGGGCAGUGAUCAUCCCUCACAGAAUCACAGAAUCACAGGUUUUUUCUAGAGCCAUCUUUCCUCCUCUCCUUGUCCCAGCCGCCUUGUGGUGCUGCCAGUGCCUGCCUGCCUGGCAAGUCAGAGCAUGUCUGGACCCUGUGGAUGAGAUGCAGAAGAUGGCAGAGCUGCUGGGGCUCAGGGAUCAGUGCGGGGAGGGGACUCUGGGGGCUCCUGCCCUUGCUGGCUCCUGCCUUGCUGACAACAGACUGAACCUGGAUGUUUAUCCUGACGGCUGCAGCCGUUUCCUCCAGCUGUUCGAGGAGCAACAGGGAGAGCUGGUCCAGGUUGAGUUCCUCCGGCUCAGCAGCAACGAUUGCCUCCUUGACACCACCCUGGGCAGCCUUCCUCAUCUGAAGCACCUGAGAUCCCUGGUGCUUAAAGGUGGCCAUGCUAGGGAUGAGUUUGGCUCCUAUCAGCAUGGCUCCCUGACAAGCUUGCCACCAGACUUUGGGACCCUCAGGUGCCUCACCCACCUGGAUCUCAGCUUCAAUAGACUCUCCACCUUGCCAAGCUGCAUUCUCCAUCUCCCCAGCCUCCGUGUGCUCCUGGUGAGCCACAACAGCCUGGUGACACUUCCUGAGGACUUUGGCUGUCUGAGCAAACUGACUUUCUUCUCUGCAAUGAAAAAUCAGCUGAAAGACUUACCUAAGAGCAUUGGAGAGUUGUCAAUGCUGCAGAAUCUGGAUAUCUCAGAAAAUGCUUUGGAAUUUCUCCCUGAAGAAGUUGGGAAUCUGCACAACUGCACAGAGCUGGAUCUCUCUGGGAAUCGCUUAUUGAGCAUCCCAGACUCCCUAGCCAAUUUGAAGUCUCUGCGCCGCCUGCAUCUCCACAGCAAUCUCCUGGUGACAGUCCCUGCCUCUCUUGCCAGCCUGCCCAACUUGUCCAGACUUGAUCUGCAGAACAACUGCCUCCGUGCCAUCCCUGCUGAGCUCCAGGCCUUGCCGUUCGUGCACGUCCGAGGCAAUCCCUUGGGAGAAACGGAGCCAUCCCCGCAGGCUGAUAAAUCCAGUACCAGAAGGCUGAAAAGAAUCUUCCUUGCAUCAGGAGAGGGCAGCUUUACUGUCACCUCUGAAGGCUGCAGAGUGGCCCUGGCCUGUGGCAUCCAUUUCUACUUUCCGCCGGGGGCUGCCUCUGCUCCUCUGCAAAUCCACUUCCGAUCCCUCACUCCGGAUCCACAGUGGGUAAAGCUGAGACACCACGAUGUCCUGCUGAGUAGAGUCCUGGAGCUGCAGCCUCAUGGGGUCCAGUUCCAGCAGGAGGUGCAGAUCUGGAUGCCAUAUAUCUCACCUCAAACCCCUCACCAGCAUGAGGUGGUUGUUCGGACCUUCAGUGGGCAGAGCUGGAAUGAUCUGAAAACGAGAGUGAAGCAGAAGAGAAAAUCAAAGAAGUGUGUGGCCCACUGUUGUGUCCUCCACUUCUCUUGGUUCCUUGUUGUGUCUCGACUUGUCCAAAAUGAGUGCAAAGUGCCAGCAGAGGGGACAUUGCUCUUUUCCAGUGUGGAUCCAAACAUCAAAGUGAUCUUUCCUCCAGGAGUCACCAAAGAGCCUCGUAGUGUCAAGCUGCAGGUGCUGCCAGUCUCUGCAGAAGAGAUACAGGAAAUCACAGCCCAUGCAGAGUGCAGAGCCAGUCCCCUGCUCUACCUCUCCCAGGACUCCACAGUGGAUUUUCUCAAGCCAGUGAGAAUUCAGCUACCUCUUCCACCCGGGGUCACAGGGCUGAAUUUGGAUCGGUCAAGGCUGCAUAUUCUCCAUGGUGACCUGGAGGGCCAAACCUGGAAUGACAUCACCAGUGAGGUGGUGCUGGAAUUCACCCAUCUUUAUGCAGUGUUUGAAGUCACUCACUUCUCCUGGUACUGGCUGUGGUACACCACCAAGACCUACAUUGGAGGCAUUGCCAAGAAGGUCUAUGAGCGGCUGCGUCUGUACCAGGUGAACUUCAUUGCACUGCAGAGGAAGAGGGACCCCGAGCAAGUCCUGCUACAGUGUGUCCCCAAGCACAAGGUUGACCCGGUGCUGAAGAAGCUGCAGGACCGCUAUCGAGGACCUGAGCCAUCCGACAUGGUGGAGAUGUUUGAGGGAGAGCAAUUUUUUGCAGCUUUUGAGCGAGGCAUCAGCAUUGAUAUGGAUCGCCCUGACUGUGUGGAUGGACGUCUCUCAUUUAUUUUUUACUCCCACUUGAAGAACAUGAAGGAAAUCUAUGUAACCUCCCCUGUGGACAGAAAAGGCCAAGCUGUAAAAGGCCAGGUCUCUUUCUACCGCGGGGCAGUUCCAGACAGCAUCCCUGAAGAUGCCAGCAGGAGGAGAAAAGGUCCAGACUCCCUCUGGCUUGCUACUCUGCCCAUCAAACUGCCUCAACUGAAACCCCGGUGGGAUGAGACCCCUGGUCCCCUGUAUGGCUUCUCCUUCCCUCCCCUGAACCUGGGCAAUGCUGAGACUGGGUACCUGACACAGGCAAACCUGCUGAGCAUUGCUAGGCGUGUGGGAGCUGACUGGCAGAGCAUCGGCCUCAACCUGGGCCUGACCUACCAGCAGAUUGAGCGCAUAGGAUACAAUAACAGAGAGGACCUCAAUAAGCAGAUCCUGGACAUGCUUUUCUCGUGGGCUCAGCAGAACUCAGAGGAUCCUGACUGUGUGAGCAAGCUGAUCACAGCCAUGAAGGAGAGUGGCCGCCAGGACAUCGCUGAUGAGGUCGAAGCCAUCAUUGAGCUGGGCCGGCAGAAAUACAGCGAGUCCAUCCGCCGGCUGGGCCUGGAGCAGGAGAGCAGCACUGAGGACUCUGCAAUAGCUAUGAUGUAGCACCUGGCAGAGAAAAAUGGGGUUUGUGUGGCACCCCUCUGUGUACCCAGUGACAGUACCUGGGGGCUGCUCCCUCCUCAAGGGCCAGGCUCUUCCUGAGGAGCUGGGCAUUGAUUCUCUCGGGUCUGUACUCACAGGGCACUUCUGCCAAUCCCAGGCAGUUUAGAGUGCAUUUAGGAACCUUUUUUCUACUUCCACUUUGUGACCUUCAGCUUUAGCUUUCAGAAAUGUGGAGAAAUUUAGAGACUGGAGUAUCUGUCUGUCAGCUGAGUAGUGGCUUAAGUAGUGUUUGAUGAGUUAAUACUCAUGUUACAUGUAUUUAUUUAUAACUUAUUCCUGAAACUGGAAGCACUGCUGGAAACACUGGGUGUGAGCAUUUGGGUCCAUUUGUGCUCCAGUGCUUGAUAGGAGAGUGGAGGUGCAUCAUGUUAUGAAGGCCUGUGAUGUGGUGGGGACUGUUCAGCCAUUUCUGUCAAUGAUGUGUUCUGCUUGCAUGAAAGUGUGAACUGUAUUCCCCAUGAAAAUGGUUUCUAUUUUUUUCCAAAUCUCUUUCAGUUCCCUUAAGUCCAAACAAAACCUAAGUAUUUGUGGGGAAGAAAGAAGAAAAUGAUUUCUAGAGAAAUUUUUUUUGUUUGUUUUGCUCCAGAAGCUAUCAUGAAACAAAUAGCCUGCUGCACCUGCAAGCACCUUUUUUAGACAACACCUACAUACUGCUGAUCUUUGACAAAGUUCCAGUUUUAUUUUAUACAAAAAAAAAAAAAGUAAAAAACCAUGACCUGUUCUGAAACAGACUCUAAUUUAAGUGCAAUCAAAAUUUUCCUUGCAGUUUCCAAGGGGUAGUCCUCACAUCUUCCCAGUGAAAUGUGACUGUGUAGUGGUGAAGGUGUGACCCCUCUGAAGUUUGGUGAAAAGCAUGACUUUAAUUUGCAUUUUAAAAACUGGUCUGACCAGCUUGAAAUAAGGCACUGUUGUGUGUUUGGCAUGAACCAUGCUGAGCUAACUUCCCAGUUUUUCAGCCUGAAUAUCAUGUAUAAGGCUGGAGGCAUUUGCUGCUUUUUAGCUGCUCAAUGAUUUAUUACUGAGGUGCCUUUCUCUUCCUGUUCCCCAUCUCAUAAUGGCCCUCAGUUAAUGACCCACUAAUGACAGUGCAAGCUUUUUGAAAGACUACUGUCAUUUAAGUAAAUUCAAGUCUUUCAAGACAGUUUUGAAUUCAGCAUAACUCUCUAAACAUUACUUAAAGGGCUGUUGUUAGUCUGAAAAAAACAAAAGUGUGUUUAGAAAUGUCAGGUUGCACGUGCAAAGUCAGCGUGCAGUUGCAGGUUGGAUAAAUGCUGGUGUUUUCUUCCCCUCCUGAAGAAUCAUCGGUGGCUUCCCUGAUGCUGCUUCAGACCUGCCAUCAGUAUUACUGAAAGAGAGGCAUAAAAUCGUUCUGCUUUUUCUCUAAUUUAAGGCUGUUCCAGCAUCUCAGGCUACAGAGUGCUUACUGUCCAGUCCAGAGCACUGGACAAGGACUUGCAGAUUUGAGCUGUCACUUUGGGCCUAGGGACAUCUACAGAUCUGGUUUCUUAGGUUGUGCUGCCCCAAGUCACAUGCUGGGUUCAAGUCAGCAGUGCUCUGUUGAAUGUACAUUUUCUCUUGUAUUCUGUGUCAUAUGUUAUUGUUUGUAAUUUUCAUGGAUACCAACAAGGUAUUUGUUCUUUCCUCCAGUUUUGGAGAGAUGCAUUUGAGCAUAUUGCUCUCACUGGGAAUAAAGUCAGCACUUAACUGUU